AUGUCUUUCGAAAACAAGAACUUGUACCACUUAUUAGGUAACGACGUGGAAGAUGACUCCAUCCCAGCUCCAGUAGCUCCAAGGGAAGUUGUCAAGAACACUGGUUCUUCCAAGAAGGCCGAUGUUGCCCCAGCAAAGGCCGAUCCAGCCAGAGCUAAGACUAACAAGUCUAAGCCAUCCGGUAACGAAGGUGCAUUAAAGAACAAGGUCAACAACAAGUCUGUUUCAGGUCCAUCCUCUACUCCAUCCAAGCACGCCAAGAAGUCAUUUGACCGUCACUCCAAGACCGGUAAGACCGACUCUGCUAAGAAGUUGAAGCAAGGAUGGGGUUCUGAUGACAAGAGAGAAGUUGACGAAUCUGCUGCCCAAGAAGACGCAGAAGAAGAAGCUGCUGAAGAAGCUUCCGAAGUUGACGUCUCCCCAGAACAACAAAAGAAGUCUUUACAAGACUACUUUGCUGAGUUAGAAUUAAAGAAGCAAGAAUUUUCUGCUGCUAAGCCAACCAGAACCGUUGCCCCAAUUGACGGUGAAGUUAUUGAAAAGGAACAAGAAACUUUCGUUCAAUCUACCCAAGCCAAGAAGGUUAAGUCCAAGGCCCAAAAGGAAAAGAAGUUCUUAGACAUCGAUGCCAAGUUUGCUGACGAUGCUCCAGCUCAAACUGAAAGAACUUUCAACUCUAGAAAGCCAACUAGAGGUAGAGGUGGUAAGCCAACCACUUCCACCAGAAAGCCAGUUUCCGCUGCCAAGAAGCCAGUUGUCAAUGACAAGAACUUCCCAUCUUUAUAA